AACCACAAGACGAUGUUUUGCUCUCUAUACAAAGUGUGUGAAUGUGAACAGUCAUUGUCUACAGCGGUUGUGGUUCCAAUUGUAAUUAAGCUGUUAUUGUGAAUUAUUAGAUAAGAAAUAAGUUGUCAAACGCGGCACGUGAAGAUUGUUUACAAACAAAUUUUGUUCAUUAGAAAUUAAAUUAAAAAAAAAAAUAUAUAAUAAAAAUGUCAAGUGAUUCGGAAUCCGAUGAUGAUAUUCAAAUGAAACAAUUCUUGGAGGCAGCGGACACCACAUUGUUAAACAAUGCUAUGUUUCAGAAUAAAGAAGAAACAAAUAUUGAUGACAUUAGAAUAGCAGUUCGUACAGAAGAAGCCGUAAAAAAUGAUUUACCCAAAUCUCAACGUUACAUUGUUGAGGAUAAUGACAAUUCCGGAACUGAUUUUAAUUUACCUGAAUCUAUGCAAAGGUUUUUGGCAAAAAAAUUAUCUGAUAUUUUAAAACAACAUUAUGAGUUUAGCGAAAUCAACACGGAAGAAAACUCAAUAAAAACAAAAACCAAAUACAAAAGUCGAGUAAAAUUACUAAAAGGAGAUAGUUGUUUUGUCAAACCGUACGAAGAUUUUGAAUAUGAAACUAAAGGUCCAGAACAGAAACCAAAUAUUAAACGAAGAAUUGUUGACAAAGAUGCAGAAAAUAAAGAAUCGGAAGAUGUAUUAAAAUCAUUAGCAAUUGAUGGAAAUUAUAUUUUAUCGGGUGCCGAAGUAAAUAUGUGGGCUAAGAAAAAAGAACGCAAAGAUAAAGUUUUCCAUUAUAAAAUGGGUAAAGAUGGCGUUCUAUAUGCCAAAGAGGAGAUAAAUUAAUUUACUAAAAAUGGAAACAAAAAUAAUUGCGACAAAAAGAAAAUACAAUCAUUAAAAAAAUCUAAGAAGUAAAAAUAAAAACUUGUUUUUUAUUUAUUAAGCUUAAGCCUGGUACUAUUUAUGGCUGUGAACUUUUGUAUGAACUGCGACUUUGUCAGUAGAAUAUCCAACAGAUUUAUAUGGUGCUUUAUUUGAAAGCCUUUUAAUAUCCAUAAUUUGAUGUUUUUACACAAUAUUAUAUAAAGGGACCAACAAUAACUAUAAGUAUGACCGUCAAACUUUCUCUAUGUAUCGCUUCCUUGCAUCUAACAUGCAGUUUUUAACAAAUGCAUCACUUCUUUGGAAUACUAUUCAACCUAGCACUUAAUUACACACUAUUUAAAAAAAAUAUGUAUCGCCGUUACAAAUGGAAAAUUUUACUCCGGCUAAGUAACUUUCGAAAUUUGGCCAUACCGAACAUAGAAGCUGUUGCCGGCCUUCCGGGUUAAACCUAAUAUGUGUUCCGAAACAGAUUUUUAUUCUAUAAUCAAGUUAUCUAUACUCAAUGUAAAUAUAAAACAAUAUUGUUUGGUUUGUUACAUUUAUUAGAUUUCCCGGUGAUAUGAGUGAUAUGAGUUUUAGUUCAAAAAGUGUUCUGAAACAGAAUUUUAUUAGUUAAUCACGUUAUAUACACAGUGUAAAUAUAAAUAUAUAAAAUAUUGUUUAAUUUGUUAACAUUUAAUAAAUAAAAUAUAUUUUUCUAAA